AUGCCGGGGUACACCCUCCCCCUCGGGCAGGUCGAGUUGCCCGUCACCUUCGGGAGCCAUGACAACUUUCGGACGGAGAACGUCGUAUUCGGCGUUGCGGAGGUCCCUCUCCCCUACAAUGUGAUCCUCAGGCACCCGGCGCUCGCCAGGUUUAUGGUGGCAACAAACUACACCUACAUCACCGUGAAUAUGCCAGGCCCGACCGACCCCAUCUUCGUGCCCGCCGAAACCGGCAACACCGUCUCCUGCGCCGAGCAGCUGUACUCGGCCUUGGCCUCUGCCAGCGCCAAGGUCGAAGGACACUCGGGGGGUCCAGGACCCUCUUCGUUCAAGUCACGACUCGUCAUCGACGCCUCUGUCCCCACUAAGAAGGUCGCGCUGGGCACAGACCCGUCUAAGGUCACCAGAAUCGGUGUUGACCUGGACACCAAAUUGGAAAGCAUGCUCGUCGCCUUCCUCGGAGCUAACACUGAUGUGUUUGCAUGGCAGCCGUCGGAUAUACCCCAGACGAACGGCCCAUGA